GCUUUUACCAGCGCGUGCAUUUGCUUCGAAGCAGCCGCCAAUAGCGGAAGCAAACGAAAGGGGACCACAAAGUCAGUUCGCCCCGCGGCUUGUCUGACAGGUUAUGGGCAGGGCGCCGCUGUUAAAGUCGCAGCAUUAAGAGAAAGAAUAAUGAAGGACAUUAACUUGAGUCUGACGGACUCGACCAUGAAGCCGCACCUGCGAGACACAGACGGACUUCUGAGCUCCCCGGAUCUGGGUCUGCUGAAACUGUCUUCGCCGGAACUGGAGAGACUGAUCAUUCAGUCGAACGGGAUGGUCACCACCACGCCGGCCAGCACCCACUUCCUGUACCCGAAAACCGCCACGGACGAGCAGGAAUUCGCAGAGGGCUUCGUGAAGGCGUUGGAGGAUCUCCACAAGCAGAACCAGUCCACAAGCGGGGGUCUGGAUCUGGGCGCUAACAUCAACGUCGCGACGCAGCUGGACCGACCCGUGUAUACGAACCUGAGCAGUUACGAUACCGGACCCCUCGGAACCACCGUGAACUACUCAACGGACACGGUCCCAUUUCCGCCCCCGCCGCUGUCUAACCAUUUCGGGGCUGCGCCGUCCAUAGAACCGGAUCUUCCCCGCGUCCACCCCCCCAAAGAGGAGCCUCAGACGGUCCCGGACGUGCAGACCUUCGGCGGGGAGAGUCCGCCGCUGUCUCCCGUCGACAUGGACUCACAGGAGCGCAUCAAAGCCGACCGGAAGAGGCUCAGAAACCGCAUCGCGGCUUCCAAGUGUCGGAGACGCAAGCUGGAGCGCAUCUCCAGGUUGGAGGACAAAGUGAAGACGCUGAAGAACCAGAACACCGACCUGGCCUCCACGGCCAGCGUCCUCAGGGAGCAAGUGGCCCUGCUGAAGGAGAAAGUCCUCACCCACGUCAACAGUGGAUGUCAGCUGCUUCCGCAUGAGGUUCCGGUGCACUAGACGGGACACGUGACAUGUCUUCAUCCAUCAUCACAAGGCAGCUUCAGCACUGGAUUUUGGAGCAAUUAUUAUUUAUUUUUGUUUUGUUUUUGUUCUUUCAUAAGUGGGUCAAAAAUGACCCAUACUAGAAUGACAAUUUUGCUAUUUUGGUUCGUAAUAAUCACUUGUAUGAUAUUUAGUAUUAUAUUUAGGACCACACAAGAAUGAUUUCAUGUUAGAAACAUCUUCAUUUUUCACUUUUUUUUUACCUCGAAUACCUGGAAUAUGAAAUAAUGAAUUUUUUUCAUUAUGAAGAUAUUUCAAGAAAACAACCUGACCGGGUCAUUUUUGACCCACUUAUGGAAGGUUGGGGUAGUAACACAAAAACUAAAAUUUCUUAAAAUCUAUAAAAAUAAGUUAAAAAUAUGAACUGCAUGAUAUCAAAAACAUGUUUUUGAGGAAUACCUGGAAUAUGAAAUGAUAAUUUUUUUUUCAUUAUGAAACAACCUGACCAGGUAAUUUUUGACCCACUUUUGGAAGGUUGGGGUAGUAAAAAUUUCUUAAAAUGUGUAAAAAUAAGUUAAAAAUGUGAAUGGCACGAUAUCAAAAACAUGUUUUUGAGGAAUACCUGGAAUAUGAAAUGAUAAUUUUUUUUCAUUAUGACAAUAUUUUAAAAAAAAAACGUGACUGGGUCAUUUUUGACCCACUUUUGGAAGGUUGGAGUAGUAAAAAUCUCUUAAAAUGUAUAAAAAUAAGUUAAAAAUGUGAAUGGCAUGAUAUCAAAAACAUGUUUUUUUAGGAAUACCUGGAAUAUGAAAUGAUAAAAUUUUUUCAUUAUGAAGAUAUUUCAAGAAAACAACCUGACCGGGUCAUUUUUGACCCACUUAUGGAAGGUUGGGGUAGUAACACAAAAACUAAAAUUUCUUAAAAUUUAUAAAAAUAAGUUAAAAAUGUGAAUGGCACGAUAUCAAAAAUAUGUUUUUUAGGAAUACCUGGAAUAUGAAAUGAUAAAUUUUUUUUUCAUUAUGAAACAACCUGACCAGGUAAUUUUUGACCCACUUUUGGAAGGUUGGGGUAGUAAAAAUUUCUUAAAAUGUGUAAAAAUAAGUUAAAAAUGUGAAUGGCACGAUAUCAAAAACAUGUUUUUUUAGGAAUACCUGGAAUAUGAAAUGAUAAAAGUUUUUCAUUAUGACAAUAUUUAAAAAAAACAACAUGACUGGGUCAUUUUUGACCCACUUUUGGAAGGUUGGGGUAGUAAAAAUUUCUUAAAAUGUAUAAAAAUAAGUUAAAAAUGUGAAUGGCAUGAUAUCAAAAACAUGUUUUUUGAGGAAUACCUGGAAUAUGAAAUUAUAAAAAUUUUCAUUAUGAAAAUAUUUCAAGAAAACAACCUGACCGGGUCAUUUUUGACCCACUUAUGGAAGGUUGGGGUAGUAACACAAAAACUAAAAUUUCUUAAAAUGUAUAAAAAUAAGUUAAAAAUGUGAAUGGCAUGACAUCAAAAACAUGUUUUUUGAGGAAUACCUGGAAUAUGAAAUGAUAAAAUUUUUUCAUUAUGACAAUAUUAAAAAAAAACAACGUGACUGGGUCAUUUUUGACCCACUUUUGGAAGGUUGGGGUAGUAAAAAUUUCUUAAAAUGUAUAAAAAUAAGUUAAAAAUGUGAAUGGCAUGAUAUCAAAAACGUAUUUUUUGAGGAAUACCUGGAAUAUGAAAUGAUAAAAAAAUUUUAUUACAAAGAUAUUUAAGAAAACAACCUGACCGGGUCAUUUUUGACCCACUUAUGGAAGGUUGGGGUAGUAACACAAAAACAAAAAAUUCUUAAAAUGUAUAAAAAUAAGUUAAAAAUGUGAACAGAAUGAUAUCAAAAACAUGUUUUUUGAGGAAUACCUGGAAUAUGAAAUGAUAAUUUUUUUUCAUUAUGACAAUAUUUUAAAAAAAACAACGUGACUGGGUCAUUUUUGACCCACUUUUGGAAGGUUGGGGUAGUAAACAUUUCUUAAAAUGUAUAAAAAUAAGUUAAAAAUGUGAAUGGCAUAAUAUCAAAAACAUGUUUUUUUUAGGAAUACCUGGAAUAUGAGAUAACAAUUUUUCAUUACAAAGAUAUUUCAAGAAAACAACCUGACCGGGUCAUUUUUGACCCACUUAUGGAAGGUUGGGGUAGUAACACAAAAACUAAAAUUUCUUAAAAUGUAUAAAAAGUCAGUUAAAAAUGUGAACGGAAUGAUAUCAAAAACAUGUUUUUUGAGGAAUACCUGGAAUAUGAAAUGAUAAAAUUUUUUCAUUAUGAAGAUAUUUCAAGAAAACAACCUGACCGGGUCAUUUUUGACCCACUUAUGGAAGGUUGGGGUAGUAACACAAAAACUAAAAUUUCUUAAAAUGUAUAAAAAUAAGUUAAAAAUAUGAACUGCAUGAUAUCAAAAACAUGUUUUUGAGGAAUACCUGGAAUAUGAAAUGAUAAAUUUUUUUUCAUUAUGAAACAACCUGACCAGGUAAUUUUUGACCCACUUUUGGAAGGUUGGGGUAGUAAAAAUUUCUUAAAAUGUGUAAAAAUAAGUUAAAAAUGUGAAUGGCACGAUAUCAAAAACAUGUUUUUUUAGGAAUACCUGAAAUAUGAAAUGAUAAAAGUUUUUCAUUAUGACAAUAUUUAAAAAAAAAAACGUGACUGGGUCAUUUUUGACCCACUUUUGGAAGGUUGGGGUAGUAAAAAUUUCUUAAAAUGUAUAAAAAUAAGUUAAAAAUGUGAACAGCAUAAUAUCAAAAACAUGUUUUUUUUAGGAAUACCUGGAAUAUGAAAUGAUAAAAUUUAUUCAUUUAUGAAGAUAUUUCAAGAAAACAUCCUGACCGGGUCAUUUUUGACCCACUUAUGGAAGGUUGGGGUAGUAACACAAAAACUAAAAUUUCUUAAAAUGUAUAAAAAUAAGUUAAAAAUGUGAAUGGCAUGAUAUCAAAAACAUGUUUUUUGAGGAAUACCUGGAAUAUGAAAUGAUAAAUUUUUUUUCAUUAUGACAAUAUUUAAAAAAAACAACGUGACUGGGUCAUUUUUGACCCACUUUUGGAAGGUUGGGGUAGUAAAAAUUUCUUAAAAUGUAUAAAAAUAAGUUAAAAAUGUGAACGGCAUAAUAUCAAAAACAUGUUUUUUUUAGGAAUACCUGGAAUAUGAAAUGAUAAAUUUUUUUUCAUUAUGAAGAUAUUUCAAGAAAACAACCUGACCGGGUCAUUUUUGACCCACUUAUGGAAGGUUGGGGUAGUAACACAAAAACAAAAAAUUCUUAAAAUGUAUAAAAAUAAGUUAAAAAUGUGAAUGGCAUGAUGUCAAAAACAUGUUUUUUUAGGAAUACCUGGAAUAUGAAAUGAUAAAUUUUUUUCAUUUUGAUGAUAUUUCAAGAAAACAACCUGACCGGGUCAUUUUUGACCCACUUAUGGAAGGUUGGGGUAGUAACACAAAAACUAAAAUUUCUUAAAAUGUAUAAAAAUAAGUUAAAAAUGUGAAUGGCAUGAUAUUAAAAACAUGUUUUUUUUUUUAGGAAUACCCGGAAUAUGAAAUGAUGAAAAAUGUUCAUUAUGAAGAUAUUUCAAGAAAACAACCUGACCGGGUCAUUUUUGACCCACUUAUGGAAGGUUGGGUAGUAACACAAAAACUAAAAUGUCUUAAAAUGUAUAAAUAUAAAUUAAAAAUAUAAAAUGUAAUACUGCUAAACUGCAGUUGUACUUCUAUGUAUUUGACUACUCUGCUGUACCUACUGGUUGUUUGCAUGUUGUUUACAAACUGGAAUGUAGCCCACAGCGGAGUGAGUGUCUUAUGGUGCAAUCAGUCAAUUACAUCACAAUGUAUUAUUUAUUGAUUUAUUUAUUCCCGUGUUCCCUUUUCACUGUUGUAUUGACAUCUAUUGUGAUCCUCUAUUGUAUCAAUUACAAAUGAUCAAAAUGGCUCUUUCAUUUUUUUUCAAAACUUCAGCCACAUCCUGAUUGAGAUUGUGGAAUUUUGUUCGACUCUGUGAGGAAUUCCCCGGAAUAAACCCACACAAAAUCCUUACCCAAAUAAGAAUACACUGUUUGUUAGCAAUACUUUUAUUGUUUUACAACAAAGUACAGAAAAAAACAAAGACACGGUUAUAUUAUUUCACCUUAUUGGCCCAAACUGAAGAUGUUUUUUUUUUUUUACGAGGCAGUGACACAAAAAGCAUGUUGUUCAAUUCCCGUACAAGAUCUCAAAUCCGAACCCCCCCUUAUUUGUGUUCUUGUAGGUACUUA